AUGAAGAUUUUCAGCACCCUCACUAGCCUAGCCCUCAUAUCCGCCGCAACCGCCGGCACGAUCGUGAGAUGGCACGGAUGCGUCGAAGGCGAAUACAAGCAAACCAUCACAGACGGGUCCAGCUGCGCCGCCGUAAGCGGCUUCCUGAACACCAAUCUAUGCAGGGUGGAAGUGCCCCCGCCAGGAAGGGAUCACUGCACGUUCUACACCAAUGGCUGCUGGAACCCGUUUGAUGGCGAUACCUACGAGUGCAGGGCUGGAGAGGCCUGCGAUACGAGAGCCUGGAAGGCGAUUGCUUCUUAUAAAUGCUGGACUGAGUAG